AUGACAAACAACGAACAAGAGAUAUCUCAACCCUCAAAAGAGGGAAAAGACGUCGGCGUACGUGCAGUAAAUCCCAGCACCCCCCAGCCGGGAGAUCCAGAUCUAGACACCACUGUGGAAGCUCUCAACAAGGUGCUUUACCACUCAGGGCAUGCCGGAAUACUCCUCCUCACCAUUAUCGUCAUAUCACUGGGUCUGACCCUAUUCGCCUACGCACUGGAUGGAGGAAUAACACCGCAAUUCGACAUCAUAGCCGCCUCAUCCUUCAACAUGCACGCCCAGAUUGGCGCCAUCAACACCGCAACAUCCAUCAUCAGCGGCGUCUCCAAACCCGUCAUUGGCAAACUGGCAGAUCUCACAUCCAGACCUACAACGUACGUGAUCGCCCUACUAUUCUACGUGGUCGGGUACGUCGUCGCAGCUAGCGGUACACAUUUCACAGCGUAUAUCGUUGGCGUCGCGUUGACGGCUGUUGGCAAGGCCGGGAUUAACCUCCUUUGCCAGAUCGUUGUUGGCGACUUGACGACCCUGCAAUGGCGUGGAUUCUGGACGGGGAUGACCAUCGCACCGUAUCUUGUGACGACGUUCAUUACCGGCUUUAUCUCUGAUGGGUUUGUUCCUGAUAAGUGGCGCUGGGGGUUGGGGAUGUUUGCGAUUAUGAUGCCGGUUCUGCUUAUUCCGGCUAUUUGGGCUUUGUAUGGUGUCCAAUAUAGAGCCAGCAGGUUAGAGUUUAAUAUUGGAUAUGAUCCAAAAGGAAAGGGUGGAAUGGGGAAUACUCUCUGGCAGGGCCUUAUUGCAGUCGAUAUCCCUGGUGUCAUAUUGCUAGGAUUUGCAUUCGCAUUGAUCCUCCUCCCACUAUCCCUAGCACAGUCGGCAGGUGGAGGCUGGAUGAACGCCAGUAUGAUUGCCAUGGAAGUGACAGGGUUCGUCGUCCUCGCUCUCUUCAUCGGCUACGAACUAUGUUUUGCACCAAAGCCCAUAAUGGCACGAAACAUCAUCCAGAACAAAGUCUUCCUGGCCGCGCUGGGUGCUAAUCUCUUCGACCAAAUGACCACCGCUGUCUGGAAUAACUACUUCUCGUCGUAUAUCUACGUGAUCAAGGACUGGCCGAAUUACACCUGGACGGUUUUCACGGGCGUGCAGGACCUCUCUCUCACCGUCUUCAGUAUCAUUAAUGGCCUCAUGAUGGCCAAGUUCCACCGGUACAAAACGAUGAUGAUUGUCGGUGCAGUCCUCAAGAUCGUGGGCUACGCUAUCUGCUUUGAUAGCCAUACCAGAAGCACACAAAACACAGCUACACUGGCCAUCUCACAGAUCUUACUAGGUGUCAGUGCGUUCACAGCCCUAGGCUCCCGCGUCGGAGCAAUGGCAUCCGUGCCACACCAGGACAUGGCCUCGAUCCUCGCUGCUUAUUUCCUGUGGACAUAUCUAGGCACCUCAGCUGGGUACUCCGUCGCAUCCGCAAUCUGGACAGAUAAGAUGUUAAAUUUCAUGCGUGAUGAAACACCGCCUGGAACGUCAGAAUCCACGCUCAGGUCGAUUUACGGAUCAAUCAAGACGCUGCGUACCGAGUAUGCACCCGGCGAUCCGAUUAGAGAUGGUGCGAUUCGGGCGUAUACGCGCACGAAUGGGAUUAUUCUUCUUGUUGCGCUGACUGUUACGAGUUUGUCGUUGGUUUGUUCGUUGCUUAUGCCCAAUUAUUAUUUGGGGAGGCAGCAGAAUGCGGUUACAAAUACUGGACUUGAUGGCUCUCCAGUUGAUAUUUCGUCUCAGAGGAGCAAGAAGGAAAAAGCCGGACAGGAAGUUCGCCCUUACUAGAGAACUAGGCUCACGUGGAU